AAAAAAAUAUAACCUCUUUUUAAACAGCUGAUAUCGCAAUGAAUUUUAUAUAAUUCACGUGUUAUUUUGUAAAUAAUUUUUAAUAUUUACCGAAUUGCGUAUAUUAUGUUUGGAUUAGGAAAAGGUCCAAUUUAUCUUGCUGUAAUUUUGGGAUUUGUUAACGGUUACUUUUGGUGGAAACCAUUAUUCGAAGGAAAACACUUAAAAAAAGAUUUACCAAAACAAGAACUUGACAACACUUCUGUAUCUCAAAAUGGAUAAAGCUGCUAAGCAACGUAAGUUUGCUCGUUACAGUCUUAUAACUUUCUUCGGAUCAGGGUUUAUAACGCUAUGUAUUUUUUAUAAAUAUGAAUAUCUUCCUGCAAUAAGAAAAUGGAAAAGAAAUCGUCAUGUGAGUCAAGCUGAGGAACUUUUACAAAUACAACAAAAGAAUGAAGAAGAACAUAGAAGUUAAUUUACGAUUUGUACACAAUACAUUGCGCUUGCGUUAUAUUAUCGACAAAAGCAAGAAGCGGUGACAGGUUUUCGAACGAAAGAAGAAUGAGGCAAUGUUUGUUGAAACGGGAGCGGAGCAACUCCGCGUCCCUUACAUUAAUUUACAAUCGAGAAAUUAUUUCAUUAAAAAAAAAAGUAAUUAUAACAGAAAAAAAUAAAACAGUGUGCCUUAAAAAUGCAAAAUUCGUAACAGUGUGAAAUCCGUCGAUCCGCCAGAUAAACGACCUUGCGGACGACAGGAGUUUAAUUUUUUUUUUUUUAUUUAUUUAUUAUUAUUGGUGAGCAAUAAAAUUGAAACUGGUUGUGAUAUUUAAAAAGUUUCAGUGAUAAAUCGUAUUGUAAAAGAAAGCUGUCAACAAGAAAAAACCCCCGUAAAUAUGGCCAAUUUACCUGGAAGUUCAACAACCGCUCUUCCAAAACCUCCAACAAUGUUGGAGCAAUUGCUCGAAGAAAUCAAUUUUCAAAGGACAAAAGAAAUGCGUCAACUACUCAAGGAUGAUUCGGGAUUUGUGAUGUUACAAGGCACUACAUAUUGGACGGAUCUUUUUGUUCGGCAUUUUCUUUUUCAAGCUGAGCACACAAUUGACGGUGAUGAUCUUCUAUUUUUUGUGAGGAAAAAACAUGUUAAGACAUCAUCGAGAUAUUUACCAAAAUUUGAGACAGAAGUGAAUGUUUUUCGAAAAGACAGCAAAAAAUUGCCAAUCGGUGAUCCUGAUAUUGAUUGGGAGGAAACUGUUUAUCUUAAUUUGGUUGUUCAUCAGUUUGAUUACACACUAACACUCGCUACAUGUACACGUACGAGCCCAAAGGAAUUACAAGUAUUGCGAAGGCAUUCGCAAAAAGUUUACGCGAGUCCCAGUCGUCGACGUAUGGACGCAAAAGGCGAUCUUGAGGAGAUGACGUAUCCACACAUCUGCUUUAUGGUAGAUAACUUUGACGAAGUCUUCUGUGAUAUACUAGUCAGGGAUGGCGAAAUGGUGUGCGUUGAAUUAGUCGCCUCCGAUAGAAAUGGUGCUAUUCAAGGAGUAAUAUUCCUCGGAUCCAUCAGAUACGAUGCAUUGAAAAAAGUUUACGAUGCAAGGUCGAGCCUCAGCAGCAAAGUGGCACAACGAAUGACGUUCGGUCUCUUUUCGGGCGCAACUUCUCAACGAGUCGAAUUUGUCCGUAUGAAAGGACCCCAAGGAAAAGGCCACGCAGAAAUGGCAGUAACGAAACCAAAGGGAUCAGGUGCCGAGACACCGACAUCGGAGCCUGGAUAUUGUGCAACUGAUCUUUGGGACGCAGACUGGGAGGAUGCGGAGGAUUUAUUUAUGUAUCGUCAUCAGCGAAGACUCUCAGAUCCGAGUGCAAAUUUAAAUAAUUUUGUUCGUGGUGGUUGGCGAACAAAACCUGAUUCAGCGGCGACAAAAGCGAGAUCUGAAAAUGAGGGAUUGGACUCGAUGGCAAAUGGACUCAGUGAAAUUGAAGCCGGAGACGUUCGUGACGCUGAUGAUGGACAGAAUUGCAGUUGGGGCGGCCGGGGCUUAUCAUCGUCAUCAUCAUCAUCAUCAACACCUCACUCACCAGGAAAUCGCAGAAGUCCCAAUUCACGACGCAGAAAAUCGCCACUUCUUUCAAGCCGGCAUUCUGGUCGGAAGCAAAGGAAUUCAAGGGAUCGAUCCGGGAAGGAGUGCCAGAGUUCACCAAAUCACAAGAAGACCUACCGCGACACUCGCGGAAUCAAGAAUCAUCAGCAAACAAUAGAGGUUGGAAGUGAGCUUCUUGUAACCACUGGAGCAUCACUAACUGAAGACAAUGUGAGACAAAAACUCGACGCUGGAGCAAUUCUUGUUGAUGGCAAAGAAGAAUUACCACUCGACUACGAUGAUAAUUUGCGGAAUCAUCAACAACGUCCAUUUCUCGAUGAACGGAUGUCAUUCGAGGAACAAGAAGAAGAAGAGGAGGAGCAUCAAAAUAAAAUUUUACCACCAAAACUUGAUGGAAGAAGAUUGAAUCUUGAUGUUAUUCGUGGCUAUGGUAGUGAUAGUGACGAUGCAUUUAUUAAAAAAAAGAAUCAUAAUAAAAGCGAAAACGAAUUUAAUGGAGCCAAAGAUAAAAAUGCAAAUGCAAAAUUAAUGCGAUCGCAAAGUUGUACACAUAGACAAAGUGCAACACUACCGAGACCUCGACGACGACGAGCUUUUUCAGGAAGUUUCGCCGAGAAUCCUUUACCUCCACAUCGCGUCACUACUGAUGGUACAGCAAUCUACUAUUGGUGCGAGCUCCCGCGCCGCCCCGGCUCUCAGGAAUUGGACGACGGAGCCUAUAAUCCACUCUGGACGAUGCGAGGUUUCACUCAGACUUUUCACUUCUGGAAGGAAACAAAACGAGCCCAGUCCGUCCCUCUCAAUGCAUUUCUAACAUAUAUUACUCUUCCUUGGUGGAGCAUAGCUAAAGAUAUUCUUGACCAUCGAGAUGGACCCAUUUUGACAUUUUAGCCAUAACUAUGAUGGAAUCACUGUUCUUUUUUUAUUCCUUUGUACAUUCGCUUUACGAACAUACAACAAAGACGUAAUGUACAAACAAAAAUUAAAAAUAAAUUAUGUACUAUUUACAAAUA